GCCGUCUACGUGCAGCAUGACGCCGACACCAGAACCUCCCACCCCUCAGCCCCAGCUCCCCUCUCUUCAAGCGAGUGAAGCCCAGCCUCUCCUGACCAACUCCAUCAUCACGCAGCCGCAGGACAAGAGCCCCUCACGCACCACGAGUCCCAGCAGACUCCCACACAUCAUGAGGUUCUACUCUCAGCCCCCUCCCUCCACCAGUGGCGGCGGAUUGGAGGCGAAUGCGGAUCACGGCACACCGAGCAAGGCCGCUGACUGGCAUGGAGGUGGAGGAGGGUCCCCAAGCAAGAAGGCAGAGGCGUCUGACGACAGCAAGACCAGUGUGUCAUCCAGUCAGCGAGUGAGCGUUCCCAAGAUGUUCCGAGAGAGGGCAACUGCGCGCCCCAGUGCAGCGACUGAGCGGCCAAAUGGCGGCCAGCAAAGCACCUUCGGCUCAUCCACCUCUCUAUGUCCGCUCAUUGGUGGCCCCGGAGGCGGCGGAGGAGGCCCAACACGAUGCCCGAGUCUCUACAGCUACUGCAUCCUUCAGGGGAACAACUCGCUGCUCAUCCGUCAGGUGCUGCGGCUUCGGCCAUGGUGGACGCCUGCAGAGGAGGGGGACGAGGGCCUCAACCUCCUGUGGGGCCAGUUCAAGUCGCCGGCAUUCUUUUCAUUGCUCAAGACAACCCCCAAUGGCGCUGUGCCUGCCCCCCUCCUCCCUCUGACGGUGCCGCCCUCGCCCCCACUCCCCCGUAUUUGCAAUCACUUCGAGGGCAACGCAGUGCUCUGCACCAAGAGGGGGCUCGCCAACACCAUGAUCGACUUCUACACCUCCCAGUCUCUCGACCCCUUCUCAGUCAUCCCCCUUACUUUCAUCAUCCGCAGGGACGGCUGCAAGGACCCCGAAUUCAUCGCCUUCCGCAAGUUCUUCCAGGCGCUUGAGCGGGAGGCGGCCGAGACGAAUGCGGCGAAGAGGGGUCGCAAUGCGGCUGGGCGGCCUCUCUCGCGCGCGGCCUCUCGGUCGCGGCCGGCGUCGCGGCCAUCUGAGGAAGAGAGCACAGAGACAGGGGGAGAGGACAAGCAGGAGAGUGAAGACAAAGGGGAGCAGUCACCGGGGAAGAGGAAGCGGGGGCAGGCCAACGGUGGCCGAGGGGCGUCAUAUCGCUUCCGCAACCUCUGGAUCGUCAAGCCUGGGGAGUACUCGAAUCGUGGCAACGGGAUCAAGAUCACCAACAGGCUGGAGGACGUCGAGAUGAUGGUGGGCGGGAGAGAUGGCAAGAGCACGAUCAUACAAAAAUACAUCGAACGGUCAGUGGUCCACCUGCAGGGGAUCUUGUGCCUGCAAGAAGGUGUCUGUGUCUCUUGUGGCUUGUUGCAGUCCAUUUCUCGUGCAUGGUCGCAAGUUCGACAUCCGAGUGUAUGGCUUGAUGGUGGAGGAGCACCGCAGCGCUCAAGAGGUCAUCGUGCGCGCUUACAUGUACCGGUAGGUCGGCUGGAUGACAUACGUCAUAUGCACAGCCAUCUAUCUCUCCGUCUCCGCGUCUGUGUGGCUGCGGAACUGAACUGCAGUGACGGCUAUCUUCGCACGUCUUCAGAGACCUACCGACCUGAUUGCUUUGACCGCAUGGUACGAAAGUGGACAAGGCCCCUCACCACCAAAUGGUCACGUGGAUGAAUGGACGCGCAAUGCUCGACCAGAUCCACCUGACCAACGACGCAGUGCAGAAGAAGUCCGAGAGCUACGGAAGAUUCGAGGCUGCAAACAAGCUGAGGUCGGUGUGGAUAAACAGGGUGCAUCCACAAGUCCUCUCCCUUCUGCUUUCGUUCAGUUAUGCUGAGUUCCAGAAGUACCUCGACACGUGUCGGCCGAAGGACCAGGUCGUGAUUCAGGAGCACCUGGUGACCCAGAUGCAGCAGAUCAUGGCCGACACAUUCAGGGCCGCCGCAGCCAACAUGAACACCAACAGGAGACAGCACUCAUUCGAGAUAUUCGGAUACGACUUCAUGGUCGAUGAAUCCAACAAAGUAGGUGUGACAAGUACAGGAGGACAGCCGCUGAUGGGCCCACGCGGUAUCCGUGCGUGUGUGGGCAGGUGUGGCUGCUUGAAAUCAACACGAAUCCCUGUUUGGAGCUGUCGUCUGCAUGGUUGGCCCACAUCAUCCCCCUCAUGAUUGAGCACACCAUCCGCGUGGCUGUCGACCCCCUCUUUCCUCCCCCGCCAUCCCACGCACACCUCUACAGCUACGCCACGUCCAACAGACGCUCAACCAUAUCGGAGACCCCAUCCUCAGCAACAAACCAGUCUGACAAAGAAGCCAAACGGUCCCAGGGAGGCACAUCGGCGUCUUCUAACGGCAAUGGGAACUCUCCCGGGAGCAAGGAAAGGGCUGGCGGUGCCCACCGGGCCAGUAGGGAUCGAUCGCCGUCUCCCGUGGCCUCUGCUAACAGAGAGAGCGGCGCCGACGUCGACAAGAAGCCGACUGCAGUCUUCUACGACGAGACACGAUGGCAGCUGCUGCUCACAUACAACGUGACAUCAACCAAUCAAGAGGAGAUUGCCGAGACGCGCAGCGCCGAGUACCCCGCCCUCGCACUGACGUCCCUCAACUCGCUGUUCGACAUGAAGAGGAAGCGGCCGACAGACGCCAUCUGGGACUCGCCGCUUGCACGCCUCCCCUUCGGCCUGGGAGGCGACUUCCGUGUGCCGCCUUGCCGGUCGGCGGAACGUGGCACCAAUCCCCCUGCAGACGAAUCUUGCUCGUCAUGCCCCCCUCUUGCUGUGGUGUCCCCCACCACCGAGCCAGCGACCAUCCCUUUACGGCCAGGCAAGUACACAUGGAUCCCUGGCCCGAGCAGGCGCCCGCCGCCCACAUUCCCUCUCCUGCACCCGCCGCACCCAUCCCCUCUCAAGCCAAAGGACCCCCCACCUCCCGCAGAUGACAUCAGCAAGUCGGCCGGCCGUCCACUGCCACCGCGCAGAGCGAAAGCCAAAGCGCCUUCGCCUGUAGCGAGCGACAAGAAGGAGACGGCAGAUGCAACGAGUGCUGCAGCAGCGGCGGCAGAAGAGAACAGACAGAAGAAGCCCGCUGGUCGGUCCUCCUUCUGUGGAUCUUCGUGGAAUCUGGCCAGCAAGGGUGCCCAGUGGCUGGACGCCGAGAAGAGGAAUCGCAAGCAGCCGAACGUUCCGCUUGCGUCUGUCGAUCUGCCGCCGAUUGCUAAUACCGACGAGAUCGCCGAGGUGAGAGUGGCCCACGUCUGUGAGGACCCUUCGCCGGUCAAGGAGGAGAUAGCCUCGGCAACGGGAGGUGGGCAGCAGGAGACCAGCAAGACGCCCCUGCCCAAUAAAGACACGACCGAGACCACAGUGACGAUUGAAUCGACAGCCACAGGGGGAGGGAUAAGUGACACGACGGCGAGCGUCUCGCAGCCAGCAUCAUCGGCCAACUCACCAGGAGCUCCCCCACCAUCCGACGGGCUUCUGAAAGUGGCACAAGGCCCAUUACCGCCACCAGCAAAAGAAGUCACUGACCCGGAGGCCCAGAAGCGAAGGAGAGUCAGCACUUCCAUUCUUCUCGACGGGUCAAUGAGGGCAGGCGAGGAGCCCCUCCCGUUUGUGUCGACGCCGACAUAUCCGGUCUUCCGUGCCGACCGUGCACGCAGCGAGAGACACGAUCGGCGAUGGAAGCCCAAGUCCACCACCAGUGUCCAGAACAGUCACGAGGAGGAGAGGGCCAAUGAGGACGAUGCUGAGGCCGACCGGCUCUCGGAUACUUCUGAGGGGUCGUGACGCGAAUUCGAAAAGUGUGUUGUGUAUAUGUUUGUGUUCCUUUCAUGUCUGUCUGCAGAUGUAUCUGUUUCUCUUUUUCUGGGGGGACUCUAUAGCUGCCUGACCUGAGCACGCUGUGCAUAGGCUUGGACAGCGGCUGUUUGCGCUGCGCUGUGAGAUUGCUGGUUUUCUGUCCUCUCUGUUCCUCCGUCCGUUGCUCUUUCGAUGGAAGAAUGGGUGCUUGGACAGUCAUGGACUAAAACUGCUGCCAGCACGGG